UCUCGCCUCCUGUCAGUGAGCCUCUAAAAAAACCGCUAGCUGGCAGUUUUUUAAGCAUCUUGAUGAUGGCGGAGGACAGUGAGUCCGCGGCAAGCCAGCAGAGCCUGGAGCUGGACGACCAGGAUACGUGCGGGAUAGACGGAGACAACGAAGAGGAGAAUGAGCAUAUGCAGGGCAGUCCGGGCGGAGAGCUGGGGGCGAAGCGGAAGAAGAAGAAGCAGAAAAGGAAAAAAGAGAAGCCCAGCUCGGGCUCUGGAGCCAAAUCUGACUCUGCUUCUGACUCUCAGGAAAUCAAGAACCCUGGCUUGCCCAUUCAGAAGCUCCAGGACAUCCAAAGAGCCAUGGAACUGCUGUCCUGCCAGGGUCCAACAAAGAGUAUCGAUGAGGCAACCAAGCACAAAUACCAGUUCUGGGACACCCAGCCUGUCCCAAAGUUAAAUGAAGUCGUGACAAGCCACGGUCCAAUUGAAGCUGACAAAGAAAACAUCAGACAGGAGCCAUAUUCUUUACCUCAAGGCUUUAUGUGGGACACUUUGGAUCUUAGUAAUGCAGAUGUAUUGAAAGAGUUGUACACGUUGUUAAAUGAAAACUAUGUGGAGGAUGAUGACAACAUGUUCAGAUUUGAUUAUUCACCAAACUUUCUCAAAUGGGCUCUGCGUCCACCUGGUUGGUUACCGCAGUGGCACUGUGGAGUACGAGUGUCCUCAAAUAAGAAGCUUGUUGGGUUCAUCAGUGCCAUCCCUGCAGAUAUACGCGUCUAUGACACGACAAAGAAGAUGGUAGAAAUCAACUUCCUUUGUGUUCAUAAGAAGCUGCGUUCGAAGCGUGUCGCUCCUGUGCUGAUCCGAGAGAUAACGCGGAGGGUGAACCUGGAGGGAAUAUUCCAGGCGGUGUACACAGCUGGAGUUGUGCUCCCUAAACCCGUGUCUACAUGCAGGUACUGGCAUCGUUCGUUGAACCCGAGGAAACUGGUGGAAGUGAAAUUUUCCCAUCUUAGCAGAAACAUGACGUUGCAAAGAACCAUGAAGCUCUACAGGCUACCAGAUAUCACUAAGACUCGAGGCCUGCGGCUGAUGGAGAGACGUGACCUCCACCAGGUCACUGAGCUGCUGCAGAAAUACCUGAGACGUUUCCACCUCGCACCGUCCAUGGGAGAAGAAGAAGUUGCUCACUGGUUCUUACCGCAGGAAAACAUAAUUGACACUUAUGUUGUAGAGACUGCAGGGGGCGAACUGACAGACUUUACUAGUUUCUACACAUUACCCUCAACUGUGAUGCAUCACCCUCUACAUAGGAGCCUGAAGGCAGCUUACUCAUUCUACAGUGUUCAUACUGUAACGCCACUACUGGACUUAAUGAAUGAUGCACUGAUCCUGGCAAAAAUGAAAGGUUUUGACGUUUUCAAUGCCUUGGAUCUGAUGGAGAACAAGGUGUUUCUGGAGAAGCUGAAGUUCGGCAUAGGAGAUGGAAAUCUGCAGUAUUACCUCUACAAUUGGAAAUGUCCCCCUAUGGAUCCUGAUAAGGUCGGUCUCGUCCUCCAAUAGCGGCUCGUUUUCACUGCUGCUCCACAAACGGGCGUCGUUAAUGUUGGCUUCUGGAUUCUCCUCACUUGGACCUGCGGGUCGCCCGAGCUCGACAGCGACAUCUUCCACAAGUCAACCAACCUCAUGACCGGGCGGUGGUCUCAUUAAGAACUCCCGCAGGCAACCCGGAGGCGAAAGCUCCUCAAUCAUCAUCCUGAAUGUGAAGUCAUGCUAUGCCUGAGAUAUCCUUACAGUUACAGUGCUGUUGACAUGCGCUCCCGCUCCCAAAACACGACGCUCGGACGUUUCAGAGGAUGCCUUGGCAUUGUGAAUUUUGUUUCUAUUUCUUCAUUCUCUACAGACAUUGUCAGCAGGGGGCUUGUAUGAAAUACCUGUUCAUAUACCUAUGUAAAUGAUGAUCAACGAGGCAGUUACCUUUCUACAUGUUUAUCCUGUCCGGUCCUCCAUCGUGCCGCUGCGCCAUGUAUUGACUCUGUUUUCAUAUCACUGUGGUCAGUCAUGUGGCGGUUUUAGGCCUAUCUAGGAUUAGAAACGGUCAGAAAAAGUGUUUCGGACUCCUACCGAAACACUUUUUCUUCAGUACACGUAUGUAACUAAGGAAAUCUCGUACAAGACAACACAAGAACGGUAACGCGUAGUUUACAUUGAAAACAAAACCACAUUUAUUCCUGUAGUUCGAGUUGCAGGUUUGUGAGGGCUGAUCUAAAACCUUCUUCUUCUUAAGUUGUGUGGAAGUCGGUGGCUUUUUAAUGACGAAUGUACAGCAUCGAUGAAGCACAAUUUUACAAACAAGUCAAAUGGUUCGCUUAUAAAGAUCUUAGACGUUUGGUUUUGACAAAUGGUGGGACCUGUUUUCCGUUAUAAAGCUGACUUUUUGUCAUUUUAACAUUAAACCCAUACAUGUGGUAGCAUUUACUGUUGCACUCCAUCACUGCUGUUUUUGGUACACUUUCCAGUUAGCAGAAGCUCUAAAAGGCAAUAUGUUUCAUUUUGAUUGGGAGUUUUGUUCAAAUUAAAUUGAUUAUUGGCUUCAAAAUGGAGCAGUCAAGCAACCGCGGUCUGUUGUUUUUAGUUUAGCCAUUGCCACUUGCAAAAAAACUUGACAGAGAAAUUCUCUGGUACAGAUAAGCUACUAUAAAGUGGCCACUGGUUCUGAUGUGCAAUAUAUAUCAAUAUGUCAAAACUUUUAAAGCCAACCACUGGAUGACCUGAACCUGGGUUAUGAAAUCAAACUUUAAUGAAUCAAGAAGUCGAAGGAAACAUUUGAUACAUUUCCGUAAGUUCAUCACACAUUUUGUCUUGGCUUUCUGAAAACCUUUUUCUUUUCUUUAAGACAUUAAAAUAUGUAGUGGGUCAUUUUGUUUUAGUGUGAUGUGCAGCUAGAUGUAUAGAAGUUGUUAUAUUUGUUAAUGUAAAACAUCAACUCUCUCUUCUCCCCGUAUGUUUUUGAGGGUAUUUAGCAGCUGAGCAAAGUCUUUGACCAACCACUUGUUUUAAGGUGGCGUCUCUGUUUUUGUUUUACCUUCUUUUUGGUGGUUUAAUGUUUGUGACUCUGCAAAAUGUAAGACAAACAGGCAGCAUCUGCUUUUUUUUUUGUUUGUUAUGAUUUUUAUUCUAUUUUUAAUUGCUCAUUUUGUAUUUGUUUUUCUCACAUUCCAUAAAGAUUGGCCAGAACGGGACACAAUCAUUGGUCAGUAAAAGCUCUUGAGUCCACCUCACAAGGAGAUGCUACAGUCAUUCAUUUCACUCUGAAAACCGGUUUCUGCAUCGGCGGCGUGCCUCGUGUUGCCUGCAGCGGCUCGGAUGAACUCUGUCGGUUCUGCUCCCAUGUUGACUCCAGCAUUGAUGGUUUACAGCCACAAGCUUCAGUGGCUGAGACAACCGCCUUGUUUUUAUUUUCUUUUUUUCCUUUAGGAGAUCUGCAAGGUCGGGCGAUGAGUGUAUGUCCGAGUUAACAUCCAGUCACACUGAAGAACAAUGUUUUUAAUUUAGAACCAUUGUAAACUGUGAAAAAGCUGAAGAACCUGUACCAGCAUCAUUUAGGCAUAAACCCAGUGCAAAUACCAGUCUGUUACAACACAUCAGCUAUACCAGCAUGGAUAUUUGAUUGAAUAAACUCUUAAAUUUUAAAAAGG